AUGGAAACCGAAGGCGGUUCUGAACCACCGCAGGUAGAGGAGCAGCCGCAAGGGGAGCUCUCUUAUGCGGUCUUAGACUACUCUAUAAACUGGAGUGACUUCUGCGAGAAGCAUGGUAUAGAUCGUCGCAUAUCGAAGGCUUUGAAUAAGCUACAGUUCGAGAGGCCGGCGCUCGUGCAGUCGAGAGCCAUCCCUCCCGUGCUGGAAAGUAAAGACGUCUUAGUCAAGGCUAGAACCGGGUGCGGUAAAACUAUAGCCUACGUAGUGCCUUUACUACAGCAGCUUCUCGCUACAGCGCCCAAGAGUGGAUCCCGGCACCCACUGACGGCCUUCGUAUUGGUACCUACCAAGGAACUCUGUGUGCAGGUGAAUCAAGUCGUGAACUCGCUCUUGCACUACGCCUUCGACGUUAUCUCAUGUGAUAUGCACACUACGACGCAUCCUUAUCGAAAGGCCCUGCCUACCAUUUUGGUGUGCACUCCUGCUGCUUGCCUCUCUGUGUUGAAGUCUCGGAAGGACCUUGGUCCAACGAUCAAACAUCUUGUGAUCGACGAAGCUGACCUUAUGCUGUCCUAUGGGUACGAAGAAGACAUCAAAGGCGUGUUGGGAUACCUCGAUCGUUACCAAUGUAUGUUACUAAGUGCCACCCUAAACGAUGAUGUGGAGACCCUAAAGGGCCUUUGCUUGCACAAGCCGGUUAUAGUCAAGUUAGAGGAGGCUGAGAGCGGCGCUGCUGCUGGCGAGGGCCAUUUGAAGCAGUUCUACCUUCCCCUUAGACCCGACGAGAAGUACCUUGUUGUUUAUGGGCUGUUAAAAUUGAAGCUUCUGGUGGGCAAGACGCUCAUAUUCGCCAAGGAUAUCGACAGUGCUUAUCGCUACAAGCUGCUGUUGGAUAAGUUCUCAAUGGGAAGUGUUGCCGUGCUGAACUACGAGUUGCCCUUCUUGAGUCGAAACCAAAUCAUCGAGUCCUUCAACAUGAACGCGAUUGACGUUCUCAUUGCAACAAACCAGGCCGUUUCGGGAUCGGGCGCCGAGGAGCAAGCUAUACACAGAGGGCUUGACUUCGUUGACGUGAAGGCUGUUCUCAAUGCUGAUAUGCCCGACACCGCUCGAGAGUAUGUUCAUCGCGUUGGUAGAACGGCUAGAGCGUGCUGUAUCNNNNGAGGCACUACCGUUGGACAUUUCGGAACUGAACAGCUUGAAGCGGUUGCUGCCCUGCGCCAAUCAGAGCUCAUGAGAGAGGUACUGCACUCGGAUAAGAUGAAGCAACAGCUGCAGGAGAAUACUGAGGAUGCCAAGGCACUUCGGAAGAGUUUGAGGCAGAACAAUGCGAAGGUUGCUGGGUCGACUAUCAAGAAGAGUUUGAAGGACCUCCCUGAGUACCUCGUACCGCAGAGUUUUCUCAACUCUUUAGAUGAGGACGGUGAUGGGUCCAAUCCAGUGAAGUUGGCGGCUCUGGGCAAGGGGAAUAGCACAGAUGGGAAGAAGGGGAAAGGUAUGAAGCGAAAGUUAUCAUCCGAUCCGUUGAAGACCUUUGAGUCGACCAGGAAACGUCUGUUAACAGGAAGCAUGCGAGAUCGGAUGCUACGGAAGGAGCCUUCUAAUGUUGGUGUGAACGUUGAAUCGUUGGCGCCUAUUUCUGGUCGUAAGCUGUGGAAGAUCCGUCAUCGCAAGCAUGUUGGUGGUCACAGUGACCGUGCUGGUCAACCUAAGGUCAAUUCCUUGGCUAUGAAGAAGCGCCGGAAGAAGUUCCAACUAGGAGGGAGGAGUUGA